AUGACUUCUAGGGUCAAAUAUUGGAAGGAAAUAAGUUCAUAUAAACCUAGAUCGGCAAAUAUAAAGAAACUACACCCUCUUAAACGGGCGCCUGCUCUGAAGAAGAAUUACUUACAAGAACAUUCCGAUGCACAGAGUCAGUCGCUGUUAGAAAGUAUAAAUUCAAAAUACUACUACUAUACAAGGACGAAAGGACUUUUUAGGAUAUGCUAUCCAAAAGAGAGGCCGCCUACUGUGAAAACCUAUCUCAGCCCUGUGGAAACACACUGCAGCAACGUUAAUUAUUAUCUUCCCGAUGAGAACAACGAUACCAGAGAUUUCACAGAUGACGCUUGGACGAGAUUACGUGAGUAG